AUGGGUUCUUCAGUGCUGCCGUCGCCGACCAUUAAUGUCAAUCUCAACGAAACAACAGGCAAUCAGUCGCCAAAAUCGCGAUCAGAAUCAAUGGGUUCGGUGUUUAUCGAUUGGAUUGCAAACAACGAUUUCAUUACCCGAAUGGCUACGAAAGCCAAGAAUUCAGUGGACACAGUGAUCACUACAUUAGAUCCGGGAAUGAAGGAGAUUAUCUAUUCUGGCGGUGAUAUCAAUAUAAUGGUGACAUCGGAUAAGGAAUCAAAGAUCAUACCGAUUCGCGAAGCCUUUCAGAAAGUGUUCGGUAGGGCAACGGUGUCCGGUAUGUCCGCACAAUCGCUUUCCAUUGCCAAUCAACCGGUCGGUUACGAAAAUGGCCGCAAAGCGGCUAAAGAACGCAUUCAAUCGUUACGAAUGAAUACGAGUGCAAUACCGCAGAAUCAAGUGAUUGUGUCCGUCGAAAGUUUCAUUGUUGACGUACUGCCAGACAAAUGGUAUGAAAUGGCUUGUCUAGUAUUAGAAGAUCCAGUGAUGGCCAUCAAUCUUGAAGUAUUCACCCAAUUGACACCCAUACCCAACGAAUAUGGCAUUCACAAGUGUUGA